UCCUGUUCGCCUGACUCGCCACCUAUUUCGUGAAGCCAUAAGGAAGAAGGAACCGAAGAAGAGCAUGCUCGACUCCUCUCCGUCCCACUGAUCAUAUUCAAAGGUCUGAACUCAAGAAAUCAUGGCUAGAAAGAAAGUAACCCUCGCAUACAUAAGCAACGAUGCCACCCGCCGCGCCACAUUGAAGAAACGCCGCCGCGGGCUUCUGAAGAAGGUGAAUGAACUGUCGAUCCUUUGUGGUGUCUCUGCAUGCGCCGUCGUGUAUUCCCCUCAAACCGAGCAACCGGAAGUAUUUCCUUCCGUGGAAGAAGCAAAGAAGAUACUGACAGACUUGUCGAACAUGCCGGAAAUAGACAAGAACAAGAAAAUGGUCAACCAAAGAAGCUUUCUUGAGCAACGGUUGGUGAAACUAAGCCAGCAAGUGCGUCGGUUGGAGCACGAGAAUAAGGAGCUGAGCACGGCUGUUUGUCUUCGACAGUGUUUGGCGGGGAGGUCAGUGCAUAGUUUGAGCAAAGAAGAAGCGGAUGAUAUGCUGGACUUGGUGGAUAGGAAGUUGAAGGCUUUGCAGGUGAGGAUGCAUCAGUUGGGGCCGUUGAUGUUGCCACCGAUCAUGAUGGAGGAGAUCGAUGUGAAGGUUGGUGGGAUUGGUUAUGAAGGGGUGGAGAUUGAGGGCAUGAGGGAGUAUGAGUGGAUUGCAGGGAAUGGUGGGGUGGGGAUUGGACGGGGGGAGGAGGUGAUGGGAGGUGGUGGAGGAAGUGGUGUUGUUGGUGGUGAGGGAGCAGAACUGAUGGAAGUCUUGAUAGAACGAUUAAGUGGCAGUAGGUCGGCUUGGGAAGAGAGCUUAUUACCUUUACCAUCUCCUUACUAUUGAUGAUUGGUUUAAUUUAAUAAGUAGGUAAUCAAUUU